AUGUUAUUUCGCACACGUCUUCUCUCUUCCCUCCCUCGUACAUCCUGUUUCUUCAAACCUAAACCCCAGUUCUCUUCUCUUCACAAAUCCAUACCCAACUUUUCAAUUCGCACACUGGCUACAGAAGCUAAAUUACCAAGCAUGUCUUCAAUGAACGUCAUGAACCCAAAGAAAGAAGGCGACAUCUCCGAUGUCUUCGUAUCCCUCUCCGGCGCUGAAGCCACACAUCUCCCCGAACGUUUCGCCGUUAUCAAACGCAACCUCAUUCACGAUCACGAGGAAGCUGUUCAAGCAUCUUUCACCCGUCUCAUAAACCGCCUUAUGUAUGAGAAUCCCAAAAUUGCCAAAUUGGGUCCGAGAAUUAUUCCAUGUGUCAACUUUCAGGAUGUAGUUGACAAGAAUGUAAGUAAGGAUGUCUUGCAGGAUAUGAGAGACAAGGGUGUGCUUGUUAUCAGAGGAGUUGUCGACGAGAAGGUUGCGAGAGGCUAUAAGGAGGAGGUCGAGGAGUAUGUUAAGUUGAAUCCUAGUACCAAGGGCUUCCCACCCAAUGACCCUCAGGUCUACGAACUUUACUGGUCACCACCACAAGUCAAGGCUCGUGCUCACCCAAACAUGCUCACCGCCCAAAAGUUCCUCCUCAAUCUCUGGCACUCCACCGACCCUAACUCCCCCAUCUCCCUUUCCCAACCAGUCACCUACGCCGACCGCGUCCGCAUCCGUCAACCCGGUGAUUCAGUAUUCGCCCUCGGUCCCCACGCCGAUGGUGGAUCCGUUGAACGCUGGGAACCCAAUGGAUACGGCAUCAACGGAGUCUACGAUUCCAUCUUCCAAGGAAAAUGGGAAGAGUUCGAUCCAUUUGAGUCUUCAUCGCGUGUCCCCGCUGUGAGCGAUCUCUACCACAGCGGAGGCAGUUGUUCCAUGUUCCGUAUGUUUCAAGCCUGGCUCAGUAUGUCGCAUACAGCACCUGGAGAAGGCACAUUGAUGGUUAAUCCUCUUAUUCAACUCACCACUGCUUACUUUCUGCUCCGACCUUUCUUUGAACCUAUCAAGAAAUUGCCCGAGGGAAAGGAGACCGAAUAUACUGAAGAAUUCCUUAGUCCCGAGAACUGGAAAUUGAUCCCGGCUGAUAGAAUGACAAGUGCGCUUCACGGCGCUACCCCAAGUCGUGGACAGGAGAUGACGGAAAAAUUGCAUCCACAUUUGGAUUUGAAGAAUACAAUGGUUCAUGUUCCGAAGAUUAGCCCAGGUGACUAUGUUGCUUGGCAUUGCGAUACAAUCCACGCAGUAGACAAAACCCACGCCGGCAAAUCCGAUAGUUCUGUCCUUUACAUCCCCGCCUGUCCGCUUACCCCCAUCAACGCCGAAGCACUCGCUUGCCAACGCGAUACUUUCCUGGCUGGUCUCCCAGGCCCAGAUUUCCCGGGUGGAAAGGGUGAGAGUGAACAUAUUGGUCGACCGGGUGUGAAGGAAGUUGAAGAGUGGACUGGUGAGGAUGGAUUGAGAGCUAUGGGAUUGAGUAAAUUUGUUGCGGGUGAGGAGGGAGAGGGAGAUGGGGAGGGUGUUAAGAAGGCGGUGGAGGCUGGGAAUAAGUUUCUGGGUUUUUAG